AUGAAGUUCUUCGCGGACCCCACCGUUCCGGAGGCAUUUCGGGUACUGCCGGAUGAUUACAGCGGAAGUGGUCGUCAUCGGCAGCAGGAACACACGCGUGGACUGAGCCGUGGCCACCUCGCCGCGGCGCAGUUCCACAAGCAUGCGGCGGAUGAAAUGGCGCAAACCUUUAACAUGAACGCCAACAUCGUGCCGCAGGACAUGACGAUGAACGCGGUCGACUGGCUGCGGCUGGAGAACCUCACAAAGCGGCUGCGGCGCCGCUACGAGGGUGGUCUGUGGGUUGUGACGGGCCCCGUCUUCCACCCGCGCCACAUUCGUGGCAACCCGCGCUCGUGGGGAUGGACGGCGCCGCGCAGCUCCGCUGCUGCCACAGUGGCGCCAGUUCGCCCACUGGACGACGGCAGCAGUGCAGAGGCGAAGCAGGCACGCAAGGUGGUGUGUUACGAACUCGUCGGCAAGCACGACGUGGCGGUGCCGACGCAUCUGUUCAAGGUCGUGCUGGGCGAGCGGGCUGACGGCAGUCGGGAGGCCGCUGCGUUCUUGAUGCCCAACGAGCCCAUUGCAGAGGAGCGGUCACUCACGGCUUACCAAGUACCGGUGGGUGAAGUUGAGCGCAUGACGGGGCUACAGUUCUUCCCCAAUGUGGCCGCUGCAGGGAGUGGCAGCAGAGCCUUUGCGCAGGGCCUGGACGCGCUUCCGAAUAUUUGCAAGCGCUUCUCGUGUGAGGUGCACACGGCGGCGUUGUUUCAGUCGUACCGGAGCGUCGCGCAGCUUCGGGCGGCGCAGUCGGUACCGGAGCUGCAGCAGGUCUACACAGCGUUGGUGAAUGAGCGGCAGUGGCAACAGCGCUCUGGUGGACGGGACGCAAAGCUUGAUGCCGUUGUAAUGAAGGAGUACGAGGAGCGCAUGAAAGAACUGGUUGAAGCAGCUGUGGCGGAAGACGGCUGA